AUGGUGUCCCUGCAGAAUUCACCUACACUUCACCGAACUCUCUUUCAGAACUCUUUCCCUCAGAAACAUGGUAGUGGUUUUCGUUCGUCUAGAAGAGAUGGCAUUUCCUUCAUUGUUAAAGGUUCUCAUGAAGCUUCACAUUCUUCAACCGGGUUGAUUUCUCAAGAUGAACCAAGUAGGCGCCAAAUGAUCGCCAUUGGAGCUACUGCCCCGUUAGUCUUUUUGUUCGACCAACAAUCGAUUUCUUUUGCCGCAGAAUCAGGAUUUCAACCGGUUGUCGAUAGAAAAGACGGAUAUUCGUUUGUCUACCCUUUCGGGUGGCAGGAAGUAGUGAUUCAAGGUCAAGAUAAGGUGUUCAAAGAUGUUAUCGAACCGUUGGAAAACGUCAGCGUAACGAUGAUCCCAACUGGAAAACAAGAUAUUAAAGAGUUCGGAUCCCCAGAAGAGGUUGCUGCAACUCUAAUUAAAAAGGUUUUGGCUCCUCCAAACCAGAAAACAAAGAUAAUCAAAGCAACCGAGCGUGAUAUUGACGGAAAAGUAUAUUAUCAAUUCGAGUUCACUGCUCAGGCUCCAAACUUCACUCGCCACGCCCUCAGCGCAGUCUCUAUCGGCAAUGGUAAGUUUUACACGUUGACGACAGGAGCAAACGAGAGAAGGUGGGGGAAGAUGAAAGACAGAUUGCAGACCAUAGUAGAUUCCUUCAAACUUUUCAAUGUUUGA